GAAGUAAAUCAAAUUUGGUGAAGCACCAAAAGACGGUACACGAAGUUCACAAAGAUUUUGCAUGCGACAGAUGCAAGCAAAUAUUUGGACUAAAAAUGUCAUUGAUCAGACACCAACAAGCAGUCCACGAAGGUUGCAAAGAUUAUGCAUGCGAAAAGUGCGAGAAGAAAUUCGGACAAAAAUCAGAUUUGUUGAAGCACCAAAAGACGGUCCACGAAGGCCAAAAAGAUUAUCCAUGCGACAAGUGUGAUAAGAAAUUUGGACAAAAGAUACAUUUGACCAGACACAAAAAAAACGUUCAUAAUACACGUGGCACAAAUUUGUGAAGCAAUGAUGAUUGAAAAGUACGACAAAAAAUACGUUUGUAAUAUUUGUCAGGAGUCAUUUACACAAGAAUCUAGUAUGAUAACACAUAGAGACACAAUUCACGAUAAUCAGAAAAAUUACGAAUGUGACAAGUGUGAACAAAAAUUCGAGUUCCGAAGUCACUUGAGUAGACACCAAGUAUCAAAACACAAAAGCCACAAAAAUUUUCCAUGUGACAAUUGCGAGAAGAAAUUUUUGAAAAAAUCGAGUUUGCUUACGCACCAAAAAUUAGUUCACAAAGAUCACGAAGAUUUCUCAUUUGAUUGCUCGCCAUACCUGGCUGUAUGGACCAGAAUACAAGCAGUGAUCAUGGUAUUACUAAUAAGUGUAAAGUAA